AUGAAUUCAUCUGCUGAUUUCGGUCUUUUCAAGGAUUCAAGAGAAAUAUUGCAGUAUUUAUCAAAAUAUGAAGAUCUUGAACCGGUUCGAAAACUUCUCAAGAUUUAUGAUGAAACAAAGACAAGGGCCGAUGAGCGGCGCAAAGAAGCGCAAUUUCCAUUAAUUGUGCUGGAAGGAUUGGAUGGAGCAGGCAAAACAGCAAUGUCGAAAAAAUUAUCGAAGAAGUUAGAAGGGGCAAGAUACGUAACACCACCAGAAUCUACCAACUUACUAAGAGAUUAUUUUAAUGACAAUUCCGAACUGAGAACUGCCUACUACUCCUUGGGAAACUACAUAGCUGCUAUGGAAGUAUCCUGCACUUUGCAAGAAAAACCUGUGGUAAUGGACAGGUUUUGGCAUUCAACUACGGCCUAUGCAAUAGCUCAGAAAAUAGCCGAUCAUCCUGAACGUUACAAACUGCCUGAUGCUACCGAUGAGAUUUAUCAAUGGCCUGUCGAUCUUUUAAAGCCUCAAAAAGUGAUUCUUCUGACUGUGAGCGAAGAGAUACGAUUAGAGCGACAUUCCAGAAGAAGUGCAGAUUUGGUGACUGAACAGGAACAUUUGCUGAAAGCUAAUGCAAAGUUCCGAGAGGACAUUCUGCAGGCAUUCAAGAACAUGCGGAAUCCAAAUGUGGCCAUAGUCGAUAGCAAUGGAUCAUUUGGGAAAACCUUCUACAUGUUAUUGGACACCGCUAAGCCUUUACUUCGUAAGUAA